AUGUCUUCUAAAGCCAGGUUUGACCGUAAGACGGCGCAGAAAUUUGCAGUAGUGCAUAGACCGCAUGAUGACCCAAAGUACCACGAUCCGGAAGCCUCAGAACACAUAUUGGUUCCAAUCAAGGAUGCCAAGAAACAGCUUUCAUUUGAUGCCAAAAAAGCCAGAUCUCCGUUUGCUAAGACAGCAACUAAUGUGGAAAAAGCCCUAGCUCACGAUCAUGUUGGUGAAGCAGCACUGUACGGCAUUGGCUUUGAUGACUCAAAAUACGACUACACGCAGCAUUUGAAGCCAGUUGGUUUGGAUCCUCAAAAUUCGGUAUUCAUUCCGGCAAGCUCGGGCCAGAAGUCGCGGGAUGCUCGCAAGCUGAAGGCAGAGGACUUGUUCGCGGAGUUGGGAGUAGAAGAUGCGUCUCAAAAGAAGAAUGAGUCAAUGUUUGAGCGCGGUGGUGUGGCCAAGCGUGAAUACCUAACACAUCAGCAAGAUGUAGAGGAGGAACUGCGUGGAUUCAGACCGGAUAUGAACCCUGCACUGAGGGAAGUACUCGAGGCACUUGAAGACGAAGCGUAUGUGGUCAACAAAGAUACUGUCGUUACCAAAAAGGAGAAACCAGACCAGAAAGUUGGGUGGGAAGGCGCCGUGGACGAAGCGGCAGGUGGCGAUGACGAUCUGUUUGAUCAACUGUUGAUGAGUGGACAAGCUGACGACGCCGAGCAGUUCGAAAAUGAGUUUGACGAAUGGGACGUUGAUCACCUGGAGGACUAUGAGGCUGAAAACUAUCGAGAUGAAAUGGAGCAGUUUGACAAAAUAGAAAACUACGAAGAUCUGCAAAAUAUCGACUAUCAGGCAGACGUGCAGAGGUUCAAACAACAUCAGUCCCGCAAGGCUUACCCUGGGGAUGAAGAGGACGCAGAUUCAGUAAACGACUUUGAUCGUGCUUCCGAUGACGUGGGGAGUUUGGACGCUUUGUCUGAAGACGGCGAAGAUAAGGAAGAACUAGACACAUUGGGAGACCUGCCGCAAAUCAAGACCAGUAAGAAACCCUCAAAGAGCAACAGCAAAAGCCGCCGCAAAAAGGGCGCAAUGUCAGAUGUUUCUGGGUUCUCGAUGUCUUCGAGUGCUAUUGCAAGAUCCGAGGCGAUGACCAUACUGGACGAUCGAUACGAUCAUAUUAUCUCCGGGUACGAGAAUUACGAAGAGGAGCAAGAAGAACAGGAAGAAGACUAUCAGCCCUUCGAUAUAUCGAAUGAGCGUGCGGACUUCGAGUCUUUGCUGGACGAUUUCCUUGAGAACUACGAGCUUGAAUCGGGAGGCAGAAAGCUGGUCAAAAAAAACCAUGAGGCCGCACGUUUUCAACGCGCCGCUGAUGAAGUUAGUAAAGGGAAACUCUCGCAGAGGAGAAACAAGCAACGAACCGGAAAGUCCGCUGGCGUUGAGACCAUUACAGGUGGAUUGAACAGUUUAAAGUUCUAA